CAUCGGAGGGAGUGGGUGGUGUCCCCUUCUAAUGUCACCAUGCGGCCCCUCACCCGCCCGCCGUCCUCCUCCGCUGCUGCCGCCCACCACCGCCUCCUCGCCGAGAAAGCCCUCGCGCUCCUUAAGUACCGCCGCCGCCUCGAUGCCCUCGCUGCUGCCUUCACACCGGAGGCCGCCGCCGAGGCCCUCCUCCUCGCCCAGCCCAACCGCUCCCUCACCCUCGCCUUCCUACGCUGGGCCUCCCCUCUCCCCUUCUUCUCCGGAUCCCUCCACCCCCAAUCCCUUGCCCUCCUUCUCCUCUCCCGCUUCCGCCUCUUGCCCUCCGCCCUGUCCCUCGCCCGCCGCCUUGCCUCCCGCUUCCCCCCACCCCCCGUUGUCCACUCCGUCGCCGCCGCCAUCCCCUUCCUCCGCACCUCACCCUCCCCUUCCGCCGCCUUCGACCUCCUCAUCAAGUCUUACGCCUCUCUGGGCCGCGUUCCCGAUGCUCUGUCCGCCCUCUCCCUCACGAAAGGCGCCGGCUUUGCCCCCGCCACCCUCUCCUACAACUCCAUCCUUGACGCCAUGUUCCGCUUCAGCCGGACCCCACGCAAUACCAUCGAAGAGUUCCUCGCCGACAUCACGCGGUCAGGGGUAUCCUUUAAUGUUUACUCCUAUAACAUUUUGAUCCGUGGGUUUUGCUCUUGGAGCGAAUUGGAUCGGGGGCUAGUUCUGCUCGCCGAGAUGGAGCACGCCGGGUGUUCGCCAAAUGUCGUCACGUACAAUACUCUCAUUGAUGGCCACUGCAAGUCGGGGAAGGCCGACGAUGCGUUUGGGCUGCUGAAAACAAUGCACGAAAAGGGAGUGCAGCCAAAUGCGGUUACUUAUAACACGAUUAUCGAUGGGUUGUGCCGGGAGGGCCGCGUGAAGGAGACGGGCAAGGUGGUCGAUGAAAUGGCGCGAGAGGGAUUUUCUCCUGAUGCUAUUACUUAUAACACAUUGGUGAAUGGGUAUUGCCGGAAAGGGGAUGUUCAUAAAGCUCUCGUCUUGCAUGCCGAGAUGGCUCAAAAAGGGGUGGCACCUAACGUCGUGACAUAUACUUCUCUAAUUAGUGCGAUGUGUAAGGCGGGCAACUUGGCAAGAGCAAUGGAGUUUGCUAAACAGAUGAGGGAGAGAGGGCUUCAGCUUAAUGAGAUUACUUUCACAACUUUGAUUGAUGGUUUUGCUAAAAAGGGGUUCUUGGAUGAUGCUCUCUUGCUCAUGAAGGAGAUGCAAGAAAGUGGGAUUUUGCCAUCUGUCGUGAGUUAUAAUGCUCUUAUUAAUGGAUAUUGUACUUUGGGAAGAAUGGAUGAAGCCUUGGAGAUCAUUCGAGAAAUGGAGGGAAAUGGGUUGGUGCCUGAUGUAGUCACUUAUAGUACGUUACUAAGUGGGUACUGCAAGAAUGGGGAGUUGGAGAUGGCAUUUCAGUUGAAUCGAGAGAUGGUUGCAAAGGGUGUGCUGCCUGAUGCCAUUACAUACUCUUCGCUCAUUAGGGGUCUCUGUGAGGUAAGGAGACUGGACAAUGCUCAUGAGCUUGUUGAGAAGAUGUUGAGUUUGGGUUUACAUCCUGAUGAGUUCACGUACACAACACUGAUUGAUGCCCAUUGCAAAGAAGGAGAUAUAAAGAAAGCUCUUCUUCUUCAUGAUGAGAUGACAAAGAAAGGGAUCCUUCCUGAUGUCGUGACCUAUAAUGUGCUCAUAAAUGGCCUUAGAAAAAUAGCUCGUACAAAGGAAGCAAAAAGGCUGCUUUUUAGGCUGUAUUAUGAGGAGUCUAUUCCAGAUAAUAUUGCAUAUGAUGUGCUGAUGGAUUGUUGUGACAAGGGAGAAUUCAAGAGUGUGGUCUCCCUUUUAAAGGGUUUUUGUAUGAAAGGUUUGAUGAAUGAAGCCGAUAAGGUAUUUGAAUCAAUACUAGAGAGGAAGUGGAAGCCUAAUGAGGUUGUUUAUAGUGUCUUGAUUCAUGGACACUGUAGAGGAGGAAAUGUGCAGAAGGCACUUGACUUAUAUAAGGAAAUGAUGCUGGCUGGUUUGGUUCCUAAUGCAAUAAGCACUAUUUCACUAAUUAAAGGUCUUUCUGAGGAGGGGAUGGAUGAGGAGAUGAAUCAUGUUAUUCAGAAACUAUUGGGAAGUUGUAUGCUUACAGAUGCCGAAACUUCAAAGGUACUUGUUGAAGUUAAUCACCAGGAUGGCAACAUGGAGGCCGUGUUCAAUGCCCUGACUGAGAUGGUCAAGGAUGGACUCCUGCCAAAUGGUGGGUGAAAGGAUGAACUUGGUUCUUUUGAUGGCUAGAAUUAGAUCUAAUGGAGAAUCAUAGGACACUGUCAUCUGUAAUUUGGUGUUUGAAUAAGUGUCUUUUAGAAUUCGUAAAUGAAGGUUCAGCUGGCACAUUCUUGGGCAAUGAUUGAGGACAGUCUUUUUCUCUAUCCAAUGCUACCAAAACUCAGGCUCAGAACUGUGCUGAUGAUGGCCGCUGCUAAUCUCUGCUCCAUUUACUGUCACUUUCCUAUGAGGACCUCAUCAAGGUGCAGAGGUCCUUGAUGAAAGUUUACUGGGUUGGGCUACAAAAUCUUUAAGUUCAGCUACCUCACUGGGUUGAAUUAUUGGAAUGAUGCAACUGCUAUGAUGUUGCUGGUAGCCAAGCAACUUAUCUCGAAAGGCAUAAAUGUGUGGCCAUGCAAGCAAGUUCAGCAUGAAAUGAACUUGAAUAAAUUACGUGAAACAUUGUUGCAACUUACGGAUUACAUGGGCAAGAUGAUUUCAGUCACAUCAAAUUGAUACUCAAUACAAGCAUUCCAGCUUCCCACUGAAGCGGCAGGGUCCUCGAGAACCAUCUCCUGGAGUCAAGCAGCUGCAUCCUCUCCAGUCUCCUGUAAUCUUCUUAAUGGCAAUUCAAAAGGACCUACUCCAUUGCCGACCAUGGGACAGAUAGCACCCAGAUGAUACCUGUUGCACAAGAGAUCGUCACUUAGCGAGCUGAACCCGGACGCAUACCUGAAUUCAACAGUUGGUGAUGGGGGGAGUACUGUCCCACUCAAAUCAGAAGGCAUCUCACUAUCUCAGGCGUUGGAUUCCUGUGUGGACAGUGGAGCUCAACAUUCAUGACAAAAGGAAGAGAUUUUACAUGACAAAAGUAUUCCUAAUAUCUGUCUUGCUAGAAUAAAGAACGGAAAUCCUAUGGAGGAGGCACUAGAGAAGCAAAUAUAGGGUGGGCUUUGUAUUUUACCAUGUUUCUCCUGAUUCGUAUUUAAAAGAAAAACCAAAAAUGAGGAACUCCACCUUCUAACAAAGUUGUUAGUCUCAUGAUUUGAAAAAAAAAAGCCCAGAGAUGGAAAGAAAAUUGCACACCGCAUUCUCUUUCUUCCUCGUCAAACCUCUCUAUCCAUCCUCUUGUUCGUCAAGCUGUCUCUCUUGUCUGUGAAAUCUUUCUUCUGCUUUCCGAGUUUCUUUCUUUUCCUUCAAAUCUCUCUAUUUUUUAGGCUCUUUGCAUCUACUUGCACACGACAUUCUCUUUCUUUCUCGGCGUGAUGAACACUAUAUUUUGGAAACUAUGUAUUGAUUUAUCUGAAGAUGUGCAUUGGCUUACCAGAUAAUUAAUUUGCUUGUUGUGUAUCAUCUAGCCAUAUGGUGUAUAUUGGUAAAAAGUAUAUUUUGGAAACUGUAUAUUGAUCUAUCUGGAGAUAUGUGUUAGAUCA